UUCGACUCUCACACUCUCCUCACAAGAUGCGCAGGUCCGACCAGCGCGAUAGUUACGAAUUGAAUGACAAUCUCACUGUCCAAGACACCCUGCCGACGAUGCCAUAGUCAGCCAGGCUUUUCCGGAAGGUGGCCGCGAGGCAUGGUCAUGUCUUUAGGCUCGUUCCUUCUGAUGUUUGGCUCUUUCAGCUUUCAGGCUUCCGUCGGAACAAUACAGGACUACAUCAGCACCCAUCAACUGUCCGAUUACAGCGUUCGCGAUGUGGGUUGGAUAACAGCAGUACUCGUGUUCCUGACUCUCUUCCUUGGUUUCAAUCCGUACCACUGUUUGAUCGUUAUGGACCGCGCUUGUUACUGAUUGGUGGCUCAUUGGCUAGCUUUGCUUCCUACGUGUUGCUGGCGCAGUGCUCUAAGUACUGGCAUUUUACCUUCGUGAUGUGACGUCCUUCCUCAGGUUCCACUGUGUCGAAACUGGUAAGGUAUAUAAGAUAUCUAAGAGCUGUUAGCAUGAGCAGCCACUUGAGUAAGGUUUCGAGGACGUACAGCACGUCAUUCUCCUUAUCAUAGCGGAAAAGUUUGGAUCCUGGUCGGAUAAAAGGAAUCCCUCCUGGU